AUGAGUCACCUCCUGGGCCUGGAAUCGAUGAGGAAAGCACCGCCUCUCCUUGGGCCUCUUCUCUCCCCCUUUCCCCUCCCCUCCGGUUCCUGGCCUUGUCAGAUGCUGCGCAGUACACUGACUCCCCUCACCAAUUCGACUGGAGCACCCCGCAAGGCCGCAGACACGAUGAACAUCUUGGCGCCAGUGAGGAGGGACCGCGUUCUGUCGGAGCUGCCCCAGUGCCUGAGGAAGGAGGCCGCUUUGCAUGUGCACAAAGACUUCCAACCCAAGGUCACCAGCGCCUGCCAGGAGCACCGGACAGGCACCGUGGGAUUUAAGAUCUCCAAGGUCAUUGUGGUCGGGGACCUGUCUGUGGGGAAAACUUGCCUCAUUAAUAGAUUCUGCAAAGACACCUUUGAUAAGAAUUAUAAGGCCACAAUUGGAGUAGACUUUGAGAUGGAACGAUUUGAGGUGUUGGGCGUCCCCUUCAGUCUGCAGCUCUGGGAUACCGCUGGACAGGAGAGGUUCAAAUGUAUUGCAUCCACCUACUACCGAGGAGCUCAAGCCAUCAUCAUUGUCUUUAACCUGAAUGAUGUGACCUCCUUGGAACAUACCAAGCAGUGGCUAGCUGAUGCACUCAAGGAGAAUGAUCCUUCUGGCGUGCUUCUCUUCCUCGUGGGUUCCAAGAAGGAUCUGAGUACUCCUGCUCAGUAUGUGGUGAUGGAGAAAGAUGCACUCAAAGUGGCUCAAGAGAUGAAGGCUGAGUACUGGGCAGUCUCAUCUCUCACUGGUGAGAAUGUUCGGGAGUUUUUCUUCCGGGUGGCAGCACUGACCUUCGAGGCCAACGUGCUGACUGAGCUGGAGAAGUCAGGGACCCGGCGCAUUGGGGAUGUUGUCCGCAUCAAGAGUGACGACAGCAAUCUCUACCUAACUGCCAGCAAGAAGAAGUCUACAUGUUGCCCUUGA